ACUCACCGAGAUGGCAGCUUUGUCCGGGACGAGUCGAGAGAUAUAGUUGAAAGAGCUACAACUCUUAUUUCAGAGCGUGUCGGGGAGUCAUCAUCAUCCGAUGCGGCCAGUCGCGUCGAGGCUCAAGUCUAUACCGAAUUAAUGGGCCCAGAACGUUAUGGUCGAGUGAGGGGUUAUGGUGUUGGAGUUACCCCCACUCAGUUGUCUGCAGUGAGCCGAUAUACCCAAGAUGCUAGACAAGGUAGUAGCACUGCAGAGGUUUGUAGUCUGAAGGCAGAGAUGGCACAGAUAAAGCAGUCAUAUGAGACAAGGAUAGAGGAGAUGAGUCAGAGUCAUAGGACCGAUAUGGAGGAGUUGAAGCAGAGCCAAGAGUUGAAGAUACAAUCUUUGCAAGAUCAGCUUGACCAUAUUUCAUCCUUUUUGCAGAGAUUUGCUCCUCCGGCAUGGAGGCAGGGCUUAUGCUUUGUGAUUGCCAGCUUGUCCCAGGAUCACUACAGAUUGGCAUUUAUGGACGACUUUUGAAACUUAGCAUCAAGUCCUUCAAGGUGCCAGAACUUUUUGUUGAGAUUCCUCAAAAUGCUACUGUUGGUUCCUUGAAG